AUGUCGCUGCGCGGGGACAACCCCUCUCGCUACAGUCGAUACCACUUGAAGAGAGACCACGCCGGUGUUUCUCUCAACGGCAGCAACAAGUCGUCUUCUUCGUUGAAACGCGCGAGUUUACUUUCCGGAUUGCUUUUCGUGUUCAUCCUUCCGUCGGUGUUGAACAUCGAACAUCGCGCGCGGAAACACCAUCAUUACUCUUCUUCUUCUGAGUAUUCGAGAGGAGGAGCGAACAAUAGUAACAACAACGACGUAAGGUUGAGGUUUAAAACGCGAGAAGAGAACCACAGGGAGAACGAUCGAUUGCAGCACGAGUGGUGGAGAGACGCGCAAGAAGGGCUCGGGAAAGUUUGGCACAAAGUCUUUGACGAAGAAGAGGACGAAUCUUUGACGAAUACGGACGUGUACAAGCCGGAGAAGUUUGGACACCAAGUGGCGAAGAAGACGCACGAACGAGUGGUUGGGAAUACAGACGAGAACGCGAGAAACGAUGGAGGAGGAGAGUUCAACUUAGAUAAAGCGAUAGCGGAAGAGAUGAGCAAAGACGACGACGACGACGAGGACCACAUGGAGGGGACGACGUGGAAAGGCGGCGUGCCCGUGGUGAAAGGACACAAGACGUGCGAGUAUUGUUCGAACAGAGGCGCGUGUUUGACGGAGACGACGUGUCAAUGCCCGGCGAUUUACGAAGGCGAGAGGUGCGAGAAGUUGAGAGAUUUCGUGGACCAUCCGAGGGUGAUGAAAGGGUUCAAGAAAGGAUUUGAAGGCGCGAGUUUGUUGGCGAAAGCGAACACGAAGAAUAACAUGCCGCUGAUGGUGAGGAGGAAUCCUGGACAACCCGCGCACCCGGGGACGGAGAAGGCGAUGGUCACGGAAAUCGGGAAGUUGACGAGACCGAGCAGGGAUAAGUUGCCGGAGGAAGAUCCGUUAGGAUCGGUGGUUUUCGAAACGUGCGCGAUUGUCGGGUCUAGCGGUAUUUUGUUGAAACACUCGCACGGCGCCGAUAUCGAUUCGCACGACGUGGUCUUUCGAUUCAACUCGGCGACGACGAAAGGGUUCGAAAAGAAUGUUGGGGCAAAAACGACGCAUAGAAUUACCAAUUCCAGAAAUUACGGGUUUCGAGAGUACGAUUCCGAGUGCGUCGUGCAACACAUGCGCAACGAAAUGUCCUUGGUGAAGAUGUUCAAGAAACGCGCCAAGUAUCCGGGGUUGAAUUUAUACGGCGUGCAUCCGCAGUUACACGGGUGGGUGGAUAAGUCUUUUUCGUUUUUAGUCACCAGUGGUUUAUUUGGAGCAUUAAUCGCCGCGCACAAGUGUGCUUCGGUGGAUUUGUACGGCUUUCAAGUCUCAAGACACCACGGCGUGCAGUACCAUUACUACAACGCCGUGGAUGAACCGGCGAACGAGGAGAGAGACGGCGACGAGUGGUUAGCGGUAAAAUCGUUAGUAGAAAGCGGUGCGCCGGCGGAGAUUCGUAUUCUUCCUCCUCUUCUUCGAAUGGUGCGACGACGACAAAUAACGCGCACGGGAACCGAGGACGACGAGGUGGUGCGAAGCACGCCGUGA